UACCCGGAUGUUUAGUUGCAAAUGUCUACUGAAGAAAUGUUCUGUGAUGAUUGUUCGAUGACAGUGCUUUAAAAUACAUCUCUAUCAGCAAUCAACAAAUUCUUCACAAGAAUGGCGAUGCUUGGUCAACAAGGACAAUGUAGAUUUGAGGACAAGUGGCCGUAUAUGAGACCUACUGUUCUCAAACUACUUCGUCAAGAACCUGUUAGUCGAGAUGAAUGGCACUAUUUGUUCGAGGCGGUUCAUUCCGUGUGUAUGUGGGAUGAGAAAGAGGGUCCACCUAAAAUAUAUAAAGCUUUAGAAGAUGACAUCUUAGACUUUAUACACCAUGCUCAGACUAGAGUUUUACAACAUAAAGAUGACUCGGCCCUUUUGAUAAGAGCUUACAUUGCGGAAUGGGGUAAAUUCUUCACACAGUGUAAUUAUUUACCCAUGCCGUUCAAUCAGCUAGAAGCAAAUAUUUCUGGCAAGUUACAUAACAGUACACAAAAGAAAGAUCAAGACAGUCUUGUACGCAAGUUGAUGCUGGACAGUUGGAAUCAAAGCAUAUUUUCUAACAUAAAGAAACGUUUGCAGGAUAGUGCCAUGAAGUUAGUUCAUUCAGAAAGAAAUGGAGAAGCCUUUGAUUCACAACUUGUUAUAGGUGUUAGAGAAUCAUAUGUCAACUUAAGUUCUGACACUGAUGACAAAUUGAAAAUUUACAGGGAUAACUUUGAGAAAGCUUAUUUGGAAGCCACAGAGUCCUUUUUCAAAAUGAAGGCACCAAGAUAUUUAUCUGAAAAUGGUGUACAAAAUUAUAUGAGUUUUGCUGAUUCAAAGUUAAAAGAAGAAGAGCUGAGAGCCAGACGAUAUCUAGAGACAGGAUAUGGCUGUAAUUCAGUGGCUGCUCUAACUGAAUGCUGUGUUCGAGUCCUAGUUACUGAUUUUAAAGAAACAAUUUUACAAGAAUGUGCAACCAUGAUUAAAAACAAUGAAACUGAAAAAUUGCGUCUAAUGUUUACAUUAAUGGACCGUGUGCCUGAUGGUAUAGCCCCAAUGCUUCUAGAUCUUGAAGCCCACAUAAAAAAUCAGGGUUUAGCUGAUAUGAUGUCUGCAGCCCAGUCUAUUACUACAGAUUCUGAAAAAUAUGUAGAGCAGUUAUUAGAUUUAUUUAAUCGAUUCAGUAAACUUGUGAAAGAUGCAUUCAUGGAUGAUCCCAGAUUUCUCACGUCCAGAGACAAAGCCUAUAGAACUGUAGUUAAUGAUACGUCAGUCUUCAGAUUAGAAAUCCCUGUGAAAAAUAAGGGUGUAGCUGGAAUAAAGACACAACCAGAGUCAAAAUGUCCUGAACUUUUAGCAAAUUAUUGUGAUAUGCUUCUUAGAAAAACCCCACUUAGUAAGAAGUUGACGUCAGAAGAAGUAGAAGCUAAGUUACAUGACGUGUUAUUGGUGUUGAAGUAUGUUCAAAAUAAAGAUGUUUUCAUGAGAUACCACAAGGCUCAUCUGACAAGACGUCUUAUAUUAGACACCUCAGCUGACAACGAAAAAGAAGAAAACAUGGUGGAAUGGUUAAGAGAAGUGGGCAUGCCUGCUGACUAUGUCAACAAACUAGCUAGAAUGUUUCAAGAUAUCAAAGUCAGUGAAGAUUUGAAUGUUGAAUUUAAAGACAUUCAUAGAAAUAAUAACGAAGGAUUAGCAGAUGCCAUCAACAUAAAGAUUCUCAAUGCUGGCGCAUGGGCUAGAUCUAGUGAUCGUGUAUCUGUCACCUUACCAAGAGAAUUAGAAGAUUAUAUUCCUCAGGUUGAAGAGUUUUACAAAUUGAAACACAGCGGUCGAAAACUUCAGUGGCAUCAUCUGAUGUCUAAUGGUAUUAUCAAUUUUUGUAAUGAAAGUGGUGGAAAAUUUGAUUUGGAAGUGACAACUUUUCAAAUGGGUGUACUAUUUGCUUGGAACCAAAGACCACAAGAUAAAGUGUCGUAUGAAAGUUUACGAUUGGCUACAGAAUUACCGGAUGCUGAGUUGAGAAAAACUUUAUGGUCAUUGGUGGCUUUUCCUAAACUGAAACAACAGAUUCUCUUAUGCAGCUCUGACAUAAAAUCUCCUAAAGACUUUAUAGACAGUACAUUGUUUUGGGUGAAUCAGAAAUUCACAAUGGUCAAAAAUGGUAAAGUGCAAAAGAGAGGAAAAAUGAAUCUUGUUGGACGUCUUCAACUUUCUACUGAAAAGAGCAAAGAAGAAGAUAAUGAAGGCAUAAUGCAGCUUCGAGUAUUAAGAGUACAAGAAGCUGUUGUUAAAAUAAUGAAGAUGCGAAAGAGAAUUACAAAUGCAGCCUUACAAACUGAACUUGUUGAAAUCUUAAAAAAUAUGUUUCUCCCAUCCAAGAAACUGAUUAAAGAACAAAUUGAGUGGCUUAUAGAGCAUAAAUAUAUGAAGCGUGAUGGUGACAAUAUAAAUAUGUUUAUAUAUAUGGCUUAAUUAUUAAUUUUAUAAGGUUUAUGUUUACAUGUUUCUAUCCAAAAUGGAAGUAUGAGUGACAUUAAAUACAUGUUUAUAAACAAAAAUUAGAAAGUGUACAUGUUAUUAAUAGUUAUAUAUGUACAUUGUUUAAUUCCAAGAAUGGCGAUACCAUUUUAAAAAAUAAUUUAAUAAUCUUAAAAGGGGCAGGAUUGAUAUUAGUAUUAUAAAAUUGUUUUGGAUACAUUUUUUAUAGGGUUAGUUAUGUCAACUGACAAUUUGUUUUUGUUGCAAGCCAUACAGUCUGAUCUGAAUUUAAUAAGUGACUUUUAAAAAAAGAAAAUUUAGGUAACCCUGUAUGUACAUGUACAACAUUUACAUAUCUAGAUAUGAGAAUAAUAAACUGUCUUUUUAUAUAUAAAGCAGUCUUGAUAUGGUUGUAUAUUAUCUGUCACAUAUCCCUCAACUCAAAUUAUUAAAUUUCUUAUAUAGUUGAAGCUAUAUAUUGAUUUUGUAAGCUUGGUUAUUUGCAUGAUCAAAAUGACGACCCCUUUUGAAAGACAGUGCAUUUCUAUGAUUAUUUGCAAGGAAAGGCAUUAGUUGUUGUGAUAGGACGAAACCUUGAGUGAACCUUGACAGGUCGAAUUCUAUGAAGACAAAAUUUCUAUCAAAGCACAGUCCAUGGCAUAUGCCUGUCUCCUUAUUAGUUCAGUUGGUGCAGAAAAAUAGGCUAUUAAAAUAAACCACAAUUACAUUUCUAUGAUUAUUUACAGAGUUAUUGCCCUCGGCUUAAAACAAUUGUAAAUACUUUAUGGAACUUGAUGGAUGUUUCAAAACUUGCAUAUACAUUUAUUGUAUCAGUAUGAACCUUACAUGUACUAACCAUCAAUAUGUUUUUGGUAUUAUUUACAGAGUUUGUUGUCAUUGCUUUUUAUACGCCCACAUGGAAAUGUGGAUGUACAUGUAUAUUGCCAGCACCCUCGUCCGUCUGUCGUCCACAAUUUCUUGUGAACAUUCUAGCGCCAAAAGUUAUCAUCCAAUUGUUUUAAGAUUGAUAUAUGUUGUUUACAUUUGUGAGAAUUAUUUAAUUUCAAUAAUUUCCGUUAAUUACUUCUAGAGUUAUGACCCUUGUUUCACUUUGUUGCACCUUGUGAAAGCUGUAAUAUCAAAGGUUAUCUGCCGAUCUGUAUAAAAUUAAUAUGCGUCAUUUAAAUUAGUAAAAAGAAGAAUCCUAUUGAAUUUCAGCAAUUUCCGUUUAUUACAUCUAGAGUUAUGGCCCUUGUUUCACUUUGUUGCAUCUUGUGAAUGCUCUAACAUCAAAAGUUAUCUGCUGAUCUGUAUGAAUUUUAUAUGUGUCAUUUAAAUGCGUAAAAAGAAGAAUCCUACUGAAUUUCAGCAAAUUUCCGUUUAUUAUAUAAAGAGUUAUGGCCCUUGUUUCACAUUGUUGAACCUUUUAACGCCAAAAGUUAUCAUCUGAUCUGUAUGAAAUUUAUAUGCAUCAUGUAGAUUAGUGAAACGACGAAGUCUGUUGAAUUUCAGCAAUCUGAUUAAAAUACAGAUAUAUAUUUUGUUUCGUUUUUUAUACGCCCACAUUGAAAUGUGGUCGUAUAUUGUCGUCGCCCCCGUCCGUCCGUCGUUCCGUCGUCCACAAUUGCUUAUGGGCUCUCUAGAGGCUACAGUUAAUAUCCGAUUGACUUUAAAUUUAUACACAGUGUUUAAGGUCAUGAGACGAAGAAGCCUAUUGAUUUUCAGCGAUUUCCGAUAAUUACUGCCAGAGUUAUGGCCCUUGAUCACUUCAAAAAAUCUUGUGGACGUUCUAGAGGUCAAAGUUAAUAUCCGAUUGACUUCAAAUUUAUACACAGUGUUUAAGGUCAUGAGACAAAGAAGCCUAUUGAUUUUCACCGAUUUCUGAUAAUUACUGCCAGAGUUAUGACCCUUGAUCACUUUGAAAAAUCUUGUGGACGCUGUAGAGGCUAAAAUUAUUAUCCGAUUGACUUUAAAUUUAUACACAGUGUUUGAGAUCAUGAAAUGAAGAAUCAUAUUGAUUUUCAACGAUUUCGGAUAAUUACUACAAGAGUUAUGGCCCUUGAUCACUUUGAAAAAUCUUGUGACGCUCUAGAUUGGUACACAGAGUUUAAGGUCUUGAGACGAACAAGUAUAUUGAUUUUCAAUGAAUCUUUAUGACUUGAACAGCUAAAUCCAUGAUGUUUAAAGUUUUGUAUACUAAACAUUAGCAUGGGACAGAACUUUAUAAAAACCAAACAAAUUCUAAUGGUUUUCUGAUAAUUACUUAAUGAGUUGUUACUCUUAAUCAGAUUUUAAUGUAUUAUAAAUGUUUCAUUACCGAAAAAAGUAAAAAUAUGCGACAACUCUUGUUGACUGCCCGGACAAUAUAGCUGCUGUGGGCGUAUGUUUGGUUGCCUGGCAACCUAUCUUUUCUACUUUCGAUGGUCUACACUACAUGAAGAUCUGACCAGUUGUACUGGGAGGUUGCAUCAGGGGUCAUAUGAGCGUUUUUUGACCCUAGGGGUUUACCCACAGUUCCGUGCAGAGCACGCCAAGAACUCACCAUAACAGACUCUUUUAUUGGCUAAUUCCUCACAUCAACUAGAACAUCGAAGUGUUGUGAAGACAGGUAAAACGAAAUUUGAACUAUAAAAAACGAAACGAAAUAGGAUCUGUAUUUUAAUCAGAUUGGAAUUUCAGCAAUUUCCAUUAAUUACGUCUAGAGUUAUGGCCCUUGUUUCACUUUGUUCAACCUUGUCAAUGCUCGACCGACAAAUGUUAACAUUCGAUCUGUAUGACAUUUAUAUGCAUUAUUUUGACUAGUGAUGGCUCUUGUUUUACUUUGUGAAAUUAUCUUAUAAAUGCCCCCAAUUACCUACAAAAGAAUAAAUAUGCGACAACCCUUGUCCACCGCUGUUGCCAGAUUUUCCAGCGUGGUUCCUCCAUAUCAGUGAUGCAGGACGGAGGGCUUGACAAGGACAGCUGUCUAGUCGUUCGGAUGGUACGAAAAACCAAGGUUCCGUGUACAUAUUAGCGUGCAUGUAAAAGAUCCCUUGACAGUUGGAAUUCGAUAUAAGAGUAGGUCGUAGUUCCGCUGUCUGGGCAAAAUUUCCCUCAUAGCACACUGUAUGGCGUAUGCCCGUCUUCAUUAGCCCAGUUCGGAGCAGAACAGUAAGAUGUUAAACCCCAUUUCAUUUCAUUUUGUCAACUGCUCGGACGAUUUAGCUGCUGUUGGCGUAUGUUUCGUUGCCUGGCAACCUAUCUUAUAAUGUUGUAGUAAGAUACUUGUAGUAAAGAGUCAAUUUGAAAAAAAGAAUGACCAGUUAGACUAAUGGUAUCUGAUCUGUGUUUUGUCUCAGACAAACCAUUUACUUUACCAAUAUUACCAAUAUUAACUAUUGUUAAAAAAUAAACAAAUUAAGACAAAAUAUAUUGAUUUGAAAGAUUUACUGUACAUCAUUGUAACAAGAAAUCUGACAGUCUAUCCAAAAAUGGUUGAAAUUAUUAUCAUUUUAAUUUAAUGUAUCAAUUAUUAGAUGUUUAAAUAGUAAUACUUUGAUUUACACUUUGUAGGUUAUUUGUGAUAAUAAACAUAUCUCCAAAAUCAAAAAUAUGUGACCAGGUGAAAUAUUUCAUAUUUUUAUUUGAGAUGUAAGGUUAAUUUCUUUAUUGUAGGUCUACAGUAUGAAAUGUUAAGGGUCACCAAAAGUAUGUAAACGGUUUGGGGAUUAUUAUGAUAUUCAGAAAAUCAGAGUGGAUCUGCAUUUACUAUAAUUUCAAAGUGCACCCCUCUUUUUAAAAUUCCUAUAAAUAUACUGUACUUGAGAAAAGUAAAAUAAAAGAAACCUUGUAAUUAAAUCAAUUUGUUAUGUACAUGUAAACUAUGACAUGUUGUGUCGAUUUCUUUUCUUUGUAAUAUGAAUAUGCUGAGAACUUGGAAUAAGCUAUUAUGGGAAUUAUUGAUUACAAUGUUCAGAAAAUCAGAUUUGAUCUAUAUUUAUUAUAAUUUUAAAGUGCACCCCUCUUUUCAAAUUUCCUGCAAAUACAUUGUACUUACGAAAAGUGAAAUAAAAGAAACUUUGUAAUUAAAGGACAGUAUUAGUGUCAGUGAUUGUCACAUUUGUGAUAGAACUGAUUAAACAGGUUCCAGAUAAAAUUUUAACACACUGAUCAUUGCUACGAUAAAUUGCGUUAUGCAGAUUUCAAGAAACUGAAGUGACAAACGCAAAAGGAAAACACGAGUUAUCGUUAUUGUUCUAUAUAACUGACUGAAGUGACGAGUGAUAACUCUGGCAAAUUUCUACUCACCAAUAAUUCCUUCGAUGACCAAAAGUUUUGAGGCUGUCAGAUGAUAUCUGGAUAUUGAAUGUCACUAGAUAAGGGAAAAUGAGAAAAAUAGAAAUAGUCCAUACAUUCCCAUGUUUUCAUUCAUUCUGUAUUUUAUAAAAACAUGGUAAUGCACAGACUUUUUCUACAUUUCUCGUUUUCCCUUAUCUAGUAACAUUGAAUUACUUUUUAUACGCCCACAUUUUCAUUUGGACAUAUAUUGUCGUCGCCCUUGUCCGCACACAAUUUGUUUGUGGGCACUCUACAGGUCACAAUUUUUAUCCAAAUUUGAUUAAACUUGAAAUAUGUGUUUAUAACACAACGAUCUAAGUUCCUUUCGACAUUCGCACAUAUCGGUCCGUAACUUCCUGGAUUAUGGCCCCUGAUUGAACGAAAAAUCACAUUUUUAGCGUGCAGAUCCUCUGGAGGUCACAAUUUUUAUCCGAUUUUACAAAUCAUUCGAAUAUAUCAUCCUUACACCAUGCUGAUGGUUGAGUUUGAAUUUUGUGAAAAUCGGACAGAAACUGCUAGACAAAAUGGCUGCUCCCUGUAUGCAAACAGUGUUAAAGUAUGUAAUAUCAAGGUUGUGGACCCUCUAGGGGUCACACAAUUGAUCUGAUUUUGAUGAAACUUAAAACAUGUGUUUAUAUCCCAAAGAUCUUGGUUCCUUUCGAUAUUCGCGCAUAUUGGACCGUAAGUUCCUGGAAUAUGGCUCCCGAUUUUAAAAAUCGUUUAAACAUAUCAUUGUUACACACUGAUGAUAAUUGAGGUCGAAUUUCAUAAAAAAUCGGACCGAAACUGCAUGACAAAGUAUGUAAUACCAAGGUUGUGGACCCACUAGAGGUCACAAUUUUUGUCUGAAUUUUUAUUAAACUUAAAUUAUUUUUAUAUUCCAAAGAUCUCAGUUUCUUUCAAUAUUUGCGCAUUUCAGACCAUAACUUCCUGGAUUAUGGCCCUGAUUGUACGAAAAAUCAUUUUAACACUGUUUGCAUACAGGGAGCAGCCAUUUUGUCUAGCAGUUUCUGUCCGAUUUUCACAAAAUUCAAACUCAACCAUCAGCAUGGUGUAAGGAUGAUAUAUUCGAAUGAUUUGUAAAAUCGGAUAAAAAUUGUGACCUCCAGAGGAUCUGCACGCUAAAAAUGUGAUUUUAGCUUAUCUUGUUAUCUAUCCAUCUCUUCCAAAAUGUGGGCGUAUCUUGCCUGGUUUGAAUUAUCAGAUAUCCUCUUACAGCCUCACAUGACAACUUUUGGUGUUCGAAGGAAUUAUUAGUAAGCAGAAAUUUGCCCGUGUAUCUGCUAUCACUCAUCAUUUCAGUCAGUUAUAUAGAAGUAUAACACGUGUUUUUCUUUUACUUUCGUUACUUCGUUUCUUGAAAUCUUCAUAACCGUCUAUUGUAGCAAUGAUCUCGGUGUUAAAAUUAUAUUUGUGAUAAUGACUGACACCAAUAUUGUCCUUUAAAUCAAUUAGUUAUGUAAACUAUGACAUGUUGUGUAGUAAUGCAUAUGCUGAGAACUUGGAAUAAGCUAUUUGUUUGUAAAGGGGUGGUGAGUGAGUUUUAAGCUCAGUUAAACAAUUUUGUAGAAAGUAAUAGGGUACUUGUGUAAAGGAAGUGAAUAUUAUUUGCGAUUAAAUAAUUAACAAUCCUUUAGAACUAGAUUUGUCAACAAUGUCUAGAUCACUGAUAUACACUUUUAUAUGUUAUGAUAAGAAUCCAGUAUUUUGUACAAAAUUGUUCCUUCAUUGAUGAAGCUAUAGUAACCCUUAAUUACCUCAUUAAUAUGACAGCCAGUAUAUAAUAUUAAAAUAGGUCAACUAUAUACUUGGUAUAAUAUGAUAACAAAAAUUUCUGAGAAUUAUUACCUAAAUUUUAUUGUGGUGAUCCAUGUGUGGGUCACAAAGCAAGAAGAAAUUUUUGAGUAAUUUAGUCAAAUAAAAAUAGAAAGGGAGCAAGACCCAUAUGAUUUAAAAUCUUAAUGUUAUUAAUUUUUGUAAAAUUAUUAAUGGACUGUUAUUAUUAUAAAAUAAUCAAGCUUUAA